AUGUCUUCAGAAUAUCUUCAGCAAUAUUAUCCUAUGAUGCAACAAUACCGAAAUUUUGCAGAGAUUUCAAACCGAUUGUAUCCAGGGCACCAAGUCCAAAGAUCAUCGACAUAUUAUUUCACACAGGAAGAUCUUGACUUUGUGUUAUUUGGUUAUUCGUCAAAUGGAACUCCAUCACAUGCGUUGAGUGGUUUAAAAAUUGGCGAGAUUAGUCAUGGUAUAGAUCGACUUUUAUCUCAAUCGCCAUCCAGAUCGUUACCUGUAUCGUCGUGGAAGCUUUCUAGGUCUGAACCACCUCCCCACGAUCUACCGGAAGAACUUUGUAUAUGUCCAAAUUCGUUCGCUGGUAUCGUCCAUUACGGUGUUUUCAGCAGACAACAUUUAAUAAAAAAAGGCAUUAAGUAUGGGCCAUUCAAAGGAAAAGUGGUGAACACAAGUGAAAUCAAAUCCUUUGACGAUAACAGUUAUAUGUGGGAGAUUUUCCAGAAUGGUCAACUAAGUCAUUUUGUUGAUGGCCGUGGGAGUACUGGUAGUUGGAUGUCCUAUGUAAAUUGUGCAAGACACACAGCAGAACAAAAUAUAGUGGUGAUUCAAGAUGGCGAUAGCAUAUUCUAUGAGACCUCAAGAGACAUACCUGUAGGAACAGAAUUAUUAGUAUGGUAUGGAGAUUCGUAUUCACAAUUCAUGGGAAUACCACUGACGUUGAAAGAUGGUAAUGAGGAUGUACCCAAAACACCGAUAGAACAUGAAAGUAAAGAAGGAUUCACCUGUGAAAGAUGUGGAAAAGUAUUUGCCUAUCAGUAUUAUAGAGACAAACAUUUGAAGUAUACAAAAUGUGUAGACCAAGGAGACAGAAAAUAUCCAUGUACGCUGUGCACAAGGUCAUUUGAAAAGAGAGACAGAUUACGCAUACAUAUUCUUCAUGUACAUGAAAAACACCGACCACAUAAAUGCUCUGUUUGUGCAAAAAGCUUCAGUCAAAGCUCUAGUCUUAACAAACAUAUGAGGGUACAUAGUGGUGAAAGACCGUAUAAGUGUGUAUACUGCAGUAAAUCGUUCACAGCAUCAAGUAUUCUACGAACUCACAUACGUCAACAUUCUGGCGAGAGACCAUUUAAGUGCAAGUACUGUGGAAAAGCAUUUGCAUCUCAUGCUGCCCAUGACAGUCACGUGAGGCGAACACAUACACGUGAUAAAUCGAGUAAAUGUGGAAUUUGUGGUCUUGAGUUCAAAAAUGAAAUAGAGCAACGACUUCAUAGUAAAACACAUGAAACACCGUUUAAUGGAUGGAAGACACAAGAAAUUCAAAAAAAUAUGAUUGGCUUGGUGUAGAUUACGAUCCAAUGGAAACUCACAUUGAUUCAAAUAGCUGUUGUCCAAUCACUUGUAAAUAUUAUCCACGAGAAUGCGAAAUGGGCGUGUUGCGUUAACAAUAACGCCUUCUGUAUAGAACAUCAGGACGCCGUAUUUGAUCGAUAUUCUUUAUUGAUAACCUGUCUUAUCAUACUGGUGGAUACAAUUGAGUUGUUUGACUUCGUUAAAUCAAUACAUAGUAAACUAAACAUGUAUUAGACUAUUAGAUAGUAAUCUUAGCUUAUACUGAAGAACGUUUAAAAUGCACAAAUUCACUACGUUUAGUGUGUAUGGCAAAAUCAGAAAAUUCUAAAUUUCUGAAGUAAACUUUAACUUAUCCUGUGAUAGCUUAAAUUCACAGCUUUAUGUAUCUCAUACUUAUAGAAAGGACAUUUAAAUCAACUAUUCAUAGAGUUCCACCAGCGCUUAAUGUACUAAUGCUGCCAACGAAAAGAUUCGUUAAACACGAUUCAUAGAGUUCCACCAGCGCUUACUGUAUUAAUGAUGCCAACGAAAACAUUCGUUCAACUCUUAAAGAAUCAAUAAGUCUUAUCUGUUAAAUGAUUUAUCAUACAUUUUCUGCUGAAAAGACUUCUUCAAUUAAUUGUCUUUUCGUA